ACAUUAGAAUAUCGGAUCGUUCUUUUCGUGAGUAUUAAUUGGGAAAAUCCGUAAUCGCUUUUUUCCCCGAUAAAGUGUUCGCUUUGGAGAAAAACUGCAUCUGUGUCGAAAGUGGAGACGAGUUCUUUCUGAGCUGAACAAUGUCUUCUACACCUUGUGAUAUUGAUCUUCUAAUGAUUGGCAAAACUGGGAAUGGGAAAAGUGCACUCGGCAACACAAUACUUAAUAGAAAAAUGUUCUACAGUCGAUCAAGUACAGCAUCGGUUACCAAAGAAAUUCAGUACGAGGUGAGCGAGGUCAAUGGUCGUGUGAUUAAAGUGGUCGAUGGACCAGGUGUUGGGGACACUAGAAUGGACAAUGAAAAAUCGACCAGACUCGUCAUGGAUGCCAUGUCUUACGCGAUCUCCGUCAACCCAAAAGGCUAUCACGCCUUCCUGCUUGUCGUCAAGUUUGGUGGGAGAUUCACUGUGGAAGAUCAAGACACGAUCGCCUUUUUGAAGAAAAUAUUUGGCGAAAGCUUUGUGAAAGACUUUUGUAUCCUUGUUAUGACUUGUGGCGACAACUUCGAGUCAGACAGUGAAGAGACUGGGAAAACGUUUCAUGAGUGGUGCCAGGAACAGGAAGGAGUGUUUCAUGAACUUUUACAGGAAUGCAAUGGGCGAGUUCUACUUUUUGACAACAGAACCAAAGACGAAGAGAAAAAGUCUAAACAAAUAACUGAACUUAUUCAAAUGGUUGAUCAUCUGACAGUUCACGGUCAUCGUUAUAAAGAUGACAAUUUUGAAAAAGCUAGAAAAGCUCGUGAACGUGUGAUCGUGGAAGCCAAAAAGCCAAUGAUUCGUGAGGAAACAAUGCGAGAGACCAGUCUGAUCAUACAAAAGCUGCAAGUAAUUCAAGGUACUAUGGAGCCAGAAAACAGGAAAGCUAGCCUUGGUGACCUUUUAAUCCGAGCUGAAACAUUGUACGGCAGUAUAAACACCCAAGACAACGGUACUGGAGCACUCCAUGAUCUUGUACAGACAGUGUUGUCCCUGAAAAAUACAAUCCAAGACGAGAUCAAACUAUCAGAGCGCGUGGCGGAAGAAAAAGAAAAGAUGAAAAUAGAAGAAGCCAAGCGCCAAAAAGAAUUUGAAGAGUUGUUGCGCCGCCAAAGAGAAGAGUACGAGGAGCAGCUGAAGAAAGAAAGACUUGAGGACGAGAAGCGCAGAGCUGUACAAAUGGAACAAGAGAAUAGGAUACGAGACAUGGAACAUAAUAGACGAUUGGAAAGGGAGAGGAUAGAACGGGAGCAAUUGGAGCAGUUGGAGAAAGAAAGACGUGAGAAUCAACAGAAAACGGAAGUGUUGGAGAGAAAGUAUUUAGAAGCCAAAGCUAAAAAUGACGAAGGAUUUCUGGAUAAAAUUGUUAAUUUUGUCACUUGGCCAUUCAGGCAAAUAUUUGGUUAAAAGAAACAACUAUUUACUCCUGGCUAGAAACAAAUAUUGUAAUUAUUUUUGCCUCUCUAUUUCAUGUCUGUAGAAAUUUUUACAAACAUUAUACUAUAAAUGAGUAUGUUUUAUGCCCUUAAAAAGUACUUAGGUUUUCAAAGGGAUACAGACGCACUCUAUGCUAAACAUAUAGUAAAAGCGUUUAUAUAACAAAAAGAAAUCUUAUUGGCUAUUAGGAGCUCAACUGUGAAUGUAAAUGUUAACUAUUUGAAUGUAUUAGUCUAUGAAGGUCGUGUUUGUGUGUGUGUUUUGUCAUUAUUACACUCUCACAUUAGAUAAAUAAGUCGUUUGUGAUAAAAAUAAAACUUUGUAGUUUAGUAGAAAUGUA